CUCGUCCUCAUCUCGCUCGCCGUCCAGCCCACGAUGAGCACGACCAAGCUCGUCCCUGAACAGGUCCUCCUCCUCGAGCAAGCCACGCUCAAGGCGCCCCUCGAGGCCCUCCGCAAGGUCCACAAGCAGACCCAGAAGACGUACGAGUACAACCUCCAGCCCGCGUCCACCUUUGCCGCCGACCUCGCCUCGCUCCUCUCGACCACGGCCCUCCACGCCCACGACCCAAACCUGUCCGACCACGACCGCGCCGACAUGCUCGCCCGCGUCGACGCCAUGAUGGCCCGCAUGCGCAACCUCAAGCGCAAGCUCGCCGACCUCGCCACCGACAGCGACCGCGCACUGCGCGUCGCUCAGGCCCGCGUCGACCACCUCGCGAGCCUCCCCGGCUCGAUCCAGUCGCCCGAGUACCCGCCCUGGGCCCGUCGUCGCCUCAGCCAUCAGCUCGUCGACUACUUCCUGCGCCACAACCCGCCCCUCAAGGACACGGCCCGCCUCCUCGCCAACCACGAGGGCAUCGACGACCUCGUUGACGACGACCUGUGGGACAACAUGGCAAAGGUCGAGCGCGGCCUCGACCACCACCGCCUCGACGACGUCCUCGCCUGGGUCGGCGAGAACCGCACCGCCCUCAAGAAGCUCAAGUCGCCGCUCGAGUUCCGCAUCCACCUCCAGGCCUACAUCGAGCUGUGCCGUAGCCGUGACCUCGUCAAGGCCAUCGCUUACGCCCGCAAGCACCUGUCGCACGCCGCUGCCGCCGACCUCGAAUCGCCCGCCGCCAACGGCGACACGGCUGCAGACGGCGCCGCAGCGGGACCAGGAGGCGCGAGUGGGACCGAGGGAGGGGCAGGAGCGGUCUCGUCGUACAUGGGCGAGCUGCAGCAGGUGCUCGCGCUCCUCGCGUACGGGCCCGACACGACGUGCAGGCCUUACCAGGAGCUGUACGCCCCGUCGCGGUGGUCCUCCCUGCGCUCCCUGUUCCGCACGACCUUCCUCUCGCUCCACUCGCUCCCUUCGAUCCCGCUCCUCCACAUGUCGCUCCAGGCCGGCAUCGCCUCGCUCAAGACACCCAUCUGCGUUCCGCUCCCGGCCGGGACCCCGACCGCCCCGCCGUCGGCGUACCCGGUCGGCGCGAGGCCCUUGCGCACCAUGAUCACGCCCCAGGGCGAGAUCGUCCUCGAGGCGCCGACGCCCGUUCCUGCGGCGCGCAUCUCGCUCAUCCCAUCGACGUCGACGUCGCCGUCGCCCGCACCGGUACCGGCACCGCCCGGCGCGCCCGUCCCCGUCCACACGCUCGAGGGCACGCCCUCGGCCCAGUGCCCGCUGUGCUCGUCGGCGCUGCGCGCGCUCGGCAACGAGGUGCCGUACUCGCACCACGUCAACUCGACCAUCGUGUGCCCCUUGACCGGGCGCGUCGUCGAGGGCGACGGCGGGGAGGGCGGCCAGCUCGUCGCGCUCGGACUCGUCCUUCGAGCGUCACAGCACCCCGAGGGCAAGCUCGUCGAGCCCGUCACGGGCGAGGUCUUUGAAUGGGACGACCUCAAGAAGGUCUACAUCUCGUGA